CCAUCCCCGGGAGCGCCUGGCGGGGCCGCUGGGCCGAAGGGGCCGCCGGCGGGGCUUGCGGGCGGGGCGCUGGCUGCGGGCCCCCGGGGCGCCGGCGGGAGCGGCGGGCCGGGCAGGGGCGAGGGGCGCCGGGACCCAAGCUUCCCACAAGAGGAGGAGUCCAGGAUGGAGAGAGGGGCAGAGCCAUGGAGUUGGGUACUGGAGACCUCUAGUGCCAGAUCCCAUGACUUCCGUCCAGAUCCUGCCCUGGAAGCAGCCGACACCUCCACACCUGGGAUGCGGCGCUCGGUCCUGGUCAGGAAUCCAGGCCACAAAGGCCCAAGGCCUGCUUAUGAAGAGCUUGGCUCAGACUCGGAAGACCUGGACCCCAGUCCCGAAGACCCAGAGCCCGACCUGGAAGACCCCAACACUGCCUCUGAAGAUGUGGACCCCGGCUAUGAGGAUCCAGAGCCCGUCUCUGAUGAUCUGGACCCUGAUGCGGAAACUCCAGGCUCCAUCUUGGGGACCCGUGCCACGGAUCCCCAAGAUCUCGACCCCAUGUCUUCAAGUUUUGAUCUCGAUCCAGACGUCAUUGGCCCUGUGCCCCUGAUUCUUGACCCUAACAGCGACACCCUCAGUCCCCCGGAAGCCCCAGACCUGGACCCCCUCUCAUCCAGCCGUCCUGCCACCCCGGAAGGCCUGGCCACCAGCCAGGCGGUGGUGAUCCCGGCCCCUGCCAGCCCUCCCCGGCCCUUCUCCUGCCCCGAUUGUGGGCGAGCCUUCCGGCGCAGUUCGGGGCUGAGCCAGCACCGCCGCACCCACAGCGGCGAGAAGCCCUACCGCUGCCCCGACUGCGGCAAGUCGUUCAGCCAUGGCGCCACGCUGGCCCAGCACCGGGGCAUCCACACGGGCGCACGGCCCUACCAGUGCGCGGCGUGCGGCAAGGCCUUCGGCUGGCGCUCCACGCUGCUGAAGCACCGCAGCAGCCACAGCGGCGAGAAGCCCCACCACUGCCCGGUGUGCGGCAAGGCCUUCGGGCACGGCUCCCUGCUGGCGCAGCACCUACGCACGCACGGCGGCCCGCGGCCGCACAAGUGCCCGGUGUGCGCCAAGGGCUUCGGGCAGGGCUCGGCGCUGCUGAAGCACCUGCGCACGCACACGGGCGAGCGGCCCUACCCGUGCCCUCAGUGCGGCAAGGCCUUCGGGCAGAGCUCGGCGCUGCUGCAGCACCAGCGCACGCACACGGCCGAGCGCCCCUACCGCUGUCCCCACUGCGGCAAGGCUUUUGGCCAGAGCUCCAACCUGCAGCAUCACCUGCGCAUCCACACUGGCGAGCGGCCUUAUGCCUGUCCCCACUGCUCCAAGGCCUUCGGGCAGAGCUCCGCGCUGCUGCAGCACUUGCACGUGCAUUCCGGAGAGCGCCCCUACCGCUGCCAGCUCUGCGGCAAGGCCUUCGGCCAAGCUUCCAGCCUCACCAAGCACAAGAGGGUGCACGAGGGCGCGGCUGCGGCGGCUGCGGCGGCUGCGGCAGCCACAGCUGCUGCCGCUGGCCUGGGCCUUAGCCCUGCUUCCAUGUUGCGGCCUGGGCAGGCCUCCCUCCUGGGCUCAGAUGCUGCCUCUGUGCUUGGUUCUGGCCUGGGCACGGACCCAUGCUCUGUGCUGGGCUCCCUCCCCGAUCCCAGCCCCAAACCUGGCCCUGGCUCUGGAUCUACCCUCACCCCUGAUCCUGUCAAGUCCUCUGACGCUAAGCCCGGUCAUGAUGCCAAUCCUGACCUUGUGGCCAGCCCUGACCACGGAUCUGGUCACAGCUCGGACCCAGAUCCUGUGCCCAGCCCCAACCCUGAGUCCCGCCCUGACCCCAGCUCUCCCACCCACGACAGCUCAGCCCUCCCUACCUGUGAGAAUCCCGAAAGGGUGGAGGAGCGAGGGGCACUGCUGGGGCCUGACGGCUGAAAGGGAUGCCAGCCCCCGUGGAGGCCUGGAGAAGUUGUGUUGUGCAGUUAGUAAAAUCCUCCCACUGCC